CGGCGGUGGAGGCGGUUGUUUUUGUCGCUGCUCCUGGCGCUGGAGGCUCUCUCUCUUCGGGCGGAGGAUGCGGCGGCGCCUGGGGCUGCUUUCCCGGGGAGGGUGGGUGGUUCGGGCGGCCCAGACGGGGCUCAGCUGGGGGGUCACGGCGGUGCUCUUCCUCCACCCGACCGAUCUACGGAGGCAGCUAGUGGAGGGGGAACUACUUCAGCCGCUGGUGUUUGUCUCCUUGGUUUUCAUCUCGGUCUUGCUAUACUACAUGGUCUCCCUCAUGGAUCCUGGAUAUGUUGAGCACAACGAAGAUGAAAAGGAGUCGGUGAGCAAAGAACAGAAAAUAGUGAUAUCUCAGCAUGUUCCUGCUGUUCAGCUCCGACGCUGUGGAUAUUGCAUGCUGAAGCAGCCAAUGCGAGCCAAACACUGUCGGGAGUGCCAGCACUGUGUCCGACGCUAUGACCACCAUUGCCCCUGGAUCGAGAACUGCGUUGGGGAAAGGAACCACCCACUUUUCAUUGUCUAUUUGGCCGUUCAGCUCGGGGUUCUCUUGUGGGCUAUGGUGGUGGCUUGGUCUGGCCUCCAUUUUAAGCAGUUCUCAUGGGCAUGGCUCCAACACACCUUCUUCCUGCUCCUCUCCUUCCUGGUGAUUGUUGUGUGCACUGUAAUUGCGGUGCUGCUGCUGGGCUCCCACCUCUACCUAAUCUCAUGUAACACUACCACCUGGGAGUUCAUGUCCCGCCAUCGCAUCUCUUACCUGAGGAAGUGCGAGGUGGAGAACCCAUUCGAUCAAGGGCUCUUCCUCAACCUCUGGAGGUUCUUCUGCUCAUGCCAUCUGGUCGCGUGGGAAAAUCUAUACCCCCAGGAGGAAAGCAGUGGGGCCUAAAGGCUCAGACAGGGCAGACUGCAAAACAAAACACUGCAUUUUCUCCCAAGACAUCAGAGGAAGAAGGAAAGAAGGCUGUGCUUUUUUCACCAGUGGAUGAAGGUCUUUCCUACAAUCUGAGACCAGGUGAGCUCUUUUGAGGAAGAGCAAAUAUGGGACGUUGACUCUGGAGGGUGGCAUUUGCAGACUCUGCCACUCUGAGAAAUGGAAGGGAGUGUCCAGGUUUCUGUGGCAAAAAAGGUUAGUGUGCCACCUAGGCAGGCAAUGUUGCUGCUUGAAAGCCAUACCCUUGAAGUGACAGUAGCAAAUUUGGGAGCUUUCUCAAGGCAAGACUGACUUAUUUAUUACCAUUUUAAUGGUUGUGGAAACUUGUCUCCACACUUUUCACGUUGUGCCUUAAAAGCUGGCUGAAGGCUUAAGUUAAAAAAAAGCCUUUUAAAAAAAAUUUAAAAACCGAGACUGUUAUAUGUUUGUUAAUUUUUUUAAUAAAUUCAAUGUGUAAGUUAA